CGGAGAAACAGGAAGUUUCAUUGACAACACUUCACUGCUGAAGAUCAAGAAAAAUAAAACGCGAUGGCCCAGUUUCAGGAAGUAUCAAAGCAGUCCGCUCUGCACCCGAAGCCUGCAGGGUUGGUUUUGCAGUACGGUACCGCUGGUUUCAGGACCAACGCCAAACACCUGGACCACAUCAUGUUCAGGAUGGGACUGCUGGCCACUCUCCGCUCCAAGAAGACCAGAGCCACCAUCGGAGUCAUGGUCACCGCAUCGCACAACCCUGAGGAGGACAACGGGGUGAAGCUGGUCGACCCCAUGGGUGAAAUGGUGACGCCGACAUGGGAGGGCUAUGCCACCCAGCUGGCCAACGCUGAGCAGGAAGAUUUGCUCGCUGCUCUGAAGGACAUUAUAGAGAAGGAGGCCAUAAACAUGAGCCAGGAGGCUAACGUGUUCGUGGGCAAAGACACCAGAAGCAGCAGUGCCAGCCUUUCACAGGCAGUACUGGACGGAGUAUCUGCACUCGAUGGUCACAGCAAAGAUUAUGGUUUGGUGACGACCCCACAGCUGCACUACAUGGUUUGCUGUCAGAACACACAGGGUAAAUACGGAGAAGCCACAGUGGAAGGAUACUAUAAGAAGCUCUGCCAAGCUUUCAUUCAGCUCACGAAGAACGCGUCUAAUUGCACAGAUGACCAGAAGCACCUCUCUGUGGAUGGUGCUAAUGGUAUUGGGGCUCUAAAGGUGCGUGAGAUGGAGAGUCACCUGAAGAAGGAGCUGCACAUAUCGCUGUUCAACGACGGCAGUGAAGGAAAGCUCAACCACCAGUGUGGAGCUGACUUUGUCAAAGUGCAGCAAAAGCCUCCAACAGGCAUUAAGAUGAACCCGGGGGAGCGCUGCUGUUCCUUUGACGGUGACGCUGACCGAAUAGUUUACUACUACGCUGACUCUGAAGGACAGUUUCACCUGCUGGAUGGAGAUAAAAUCGCCACUCUCAUCAGCACUUUUCUGAAAGAGCUGCUCACACAGGCUGGUUUAGACUUGAAGAUAGCAGUAGUACAAACUGCUUAUGCAAACGGAAGCUCAACAAACUAUUUGGAAAACACUAUGAAGGUGAUAGUGAGGUGUACUAAAACUGGAGUGAAGCACCUUCAUCAUGCAGCCCAGGAGUUUGACAUUGGUGUUUACUUUGAGGCCAACGGUCACGGCACUGUGUUGUUCAGUAAAUCAGCUGAAGAGAAGAUCCAGCAGCUGGCAGAGGACUCCGGCACCGACGACGAGAGGAAGAGAGCAGCGCUCCUGCUGCAGAACACCAUCAACGUCAUCAACCAGACUGUAGGUGAUGCCAUUUCUGACAUGCUGCUGAUUGAGGCCAUAUUGGCCAUCAAGGGUUUGACUGUCCAGCAGUGGGACGCCAUCUACAGUGACCUGCCGAACAGGCAGCUCAAAGUCAAGGUGUCAGACCGCAGGGUCAUAGACACGACAGAUGCAGAGAGACGAGCAGUGAGCCCGGCAGGACUGCAGGAGACCAUUGACAGUUUAGUGAAGAACUACAGACAGGCCCGUUCCUUUGUGAGACCCUCCGGCACCGAGGACGUGGUGAGAGUUUACGCUGAAGCAGAGACACAGGAGAGUGCUGAUGCCCUGGCACAUGAAGUCAGCCUUGCAGUUUAUCGUCUUGCAGGGGGAGUCGGGGACGAACCCAAACCACUGCACUAGAAACGCAUAAUUUCAAACAUUGAUUAAUCGAUCAGUGCAAUGAAUCUCAAUCGACAACACUCUCUAAAGUAAUUUAUCAAAUUGCUUCCUUUCAGUGAGAUGCCAAAUUAUUUUGUACUGUUAAUUGCACUUGGUACUUCACUGUAGUUUUCUACUUCUUUGUAUUUGUCACUGGGGAGACUGAAGGGAUUUUAUGAUACUUUAAGUAAUGUUUGUUAUCUCAAAUAGGCUGCCAUGCGCCUAUGCGUAAAUUAUGUCUUUCUAUGUACUAUAAAUAAGCUACUUCAAUAAUAAUGAUACUAAUAAUAAUAAUAACAUCUUAAAUUUAUAUAGCGCCUUUCAUGAUACCCAAGAAGGAUUUAUACAGUUGAUUAAAACGUAACACAAACAAACUGAACAGUGGCACAAAGAUGAGUGACGGGCAGGGAGGCAGAGGAGGUGAACAGGACUUGUUUGAAACGCAUUGCGGAUAUCUGUAACGCAUUGCAGGUAUUUGUUUAUUGUAUAUAUACCAUAAUUGAAACAUCAAUCAAAAGCAAGUUUUUAAAGGAAUACUUCACCCCCAAAAUUACUAUUUGUAUAUCAAUUAUUCACCCUGUGUUACGUUGAAUUUAUAAAGAACAAACUAUUUUUCUCACGUCUCCAACAAAGAAUCGAAAAAGGGAUAAAAUUCUUGAAGUCACGGGGGCCUGCGUUAAUCAGCAGUAAAACUAUAUUAAAAAUUCUGUUUAGGUACUCUCACACAACUGCAGUAUAUAUACUGCAGUAUAAUCCAAGUGUCAUUUGUCCAGCCAUAUGCUCUGUAGCCCUUUCUGAUGGAGAACUAAAUUAUCUACGCUCUCUGCAAAGCCAGACUCCAUUGACAAAAACAGAGAAUUUACCUCACUAAAUGCGGGAGCUGCUGAAGUCUGGCCUUAGAGAAAGCAUAGAUAACUUUAAGUUUUGUUUUAAAUAGCAAGGUUUUAGCGGAAAUGUAAGUAUUUGGGAAGUGCUGAGCAUACGACUGGAUAAGACUUGGAUUGUACUGCAUGAGUUGUUGUGAGAGGUUUUCAACAGAUGGUUUAAUAUUGUUUUGCUGUUGUUGAACGUGGACACCUGUGACUUAAAUUCAUCAAGACUUUCAUCAGUUUUUUGGAUUCUUUGUUCACUGGAGACAGGAAUGAAAAACAAAGCUUUCUUCACAAAUUCAACAUAACAUUGGGCUAGCAUCUGAUAUACAAGGUACAAUGUAGAAGGUGAAAUAUACAAGGUACAAGCUACAAUGUACAAGGUACAAGCUACAAUGUACAGUGUACAAGGUAGAUAGAAUUUGCAUUGGAGUCUUGUGUCCUGUCGGCUCUGAACAAGGUCCGUCAAUCCAGUGCAAUAGCUUGGUCCGGGAUGUUAGGGGUUAACCAUGUUACUGGCUGCUGCAUCUGCUGCAUGGUCAUAGCAACCAUACAAAUGGUCAUUUGGGGAUCUGAAGUAUUCCUUCAAUGGUUUCAGUUAACUUUUGGUUAUCAUGUAGCUUCCGAUUAAUUUGAAUCUUUUUGACUGGUUACUGUCGGUAAUUUCUUUUCUUUUGGAAACAGUGAAAUCACAAGUUUACAUGAUGGGAGUUGUAGCAGCUGUUUUUUCCCAUAACUCUGUUGGAAAGCCUUUGCUGCUCAGGUUUAAAUAAAUAAUGAAAAAGA